AUGCCGCCCCGAACGAGAGCGGGGGUUCAAAGCCAGAAACAAAAGGAGAAGCUUGCCAGCUCCUACAAUGAACUCCUCGAGGAGUUCUCGUCCAAGGAUCUCCGGAGUGUAGGAAAUUAUACACUGGGGCGACUGAUCGGAAAAGGUUCUUUUGGCAAGGUCUACCUCGCGUCGCACAAGCUCACGAACGGCUCAAAGGUGGUGCUCAAGUCAUCCAGCAAGGAGGAUACAAAUCUUGUCAGGGAAAUCCAUCACCAUCGCCAAUUCCUCCAUCCUCAUAUCGCGCGGCUCUACGAAGUGGUGGUGACCGAGAAUCUGGUCUGGCUGGUGUUGGAGUAUUGUCCCGGUGACGAACUCUACAACUACCUCCUCCGCCAUGGCCCGUUACCCGUCGAGAAAGUGAAGCGGAUCUUCACGCAGCUCGUUGGAGCAGUCGCCUACGUCCACAGCAAAUCGUGUGUGCAUCGGGAUCUGAAAUUGGAGAAUAUCUUGUUGGAUAAGCAGGAAAAUGUGAAGCUUUGCGACUUUGGAUUUACUCGCGAGUAUGAAGGAAAGGCUAGCUACCUCCAGACAUUCUGUGGGACGAUAUGCUACAGUGCACCUGAGAUGCUGAAAGGAGAAAAAUAUGCGGGUGAAAAGGUUGAUGUGUGGAGUUUGGGCAUCAUUCUCUAUGCCCUCUUGGCUGGUGAACUACCGUACGAUGACGAUGACGAUCAAAUCACCAAGAGGCGGAUCUUGUUGGAAGAGCCAACAUUCAACGACAAGUUCACAGAUGAUGCUAAGGCGUUGAUCAAUCUGCUUCUGUCAAAACGGCCAUUGAUCCGUCCCAGUUUGGACGAGAUCCUGGCACACUCUUUUCUUUCCGAACAUGCCCCUGAGCAGCUUGCGAUUUUAAAGAUCCCAAGACCGUCGCCUUUCACCACUCCGCUGGAGAAGACUACACUUCAGAGGAUGAAGAGUGCAGGAGUCAACAUCGACGAGGUGAUUGAGAACGUGUUGGCUCAGCGAUGCGACCCGCUAGCUGGCUGGUGGGCCCUGCUAAUUGAGAAGGAGCAGCGGAAGGAACAAAAGAGAGAGCGCAAGCGCCGAGAGCGAGAGGUGGAGGCCAAGAACCUUCGCCGACUGAGUGCUGCAAGCAGUCGUUUAGAGAAAAGAUCAUCUGCCCUGAUGGAGGUGGCAGAGGAAGGUCAGAGCUCGGCACUACAGGAUCGUGGGAGACGGGAUAGAAGAAGCUUACCUUCUCAAUUGGCAGUGCCUGAACUUCCUGCGCUCCCUGAACCGCUAUCAGGGCUCCCAGUUAGGGCGACCACUCCUCCAUUGCCUAUCGACAAAGAUUCCAUACGAUCCCACGGCUCAUCGCGACGUCGCCCAGUCCCCCCGCCAAAAGACAGGCGACGAUCACGCCCCAGCAUGCUGCAUGUGAGUGCAUCGCAGCCGGAAUUGACACAGCAAAAUGGUAUUUUCCGACGUCGCACGAGUCGUCGCCACAACUAUCCGAUACUCAGCCAACUAGCGCAGCUCAAGCACUGGUUUGUGGAAUCGGCAAAGCGGGCACGGUCUCCCCAUGCCAAGUCAACAAGCUCGCGCAAGUUUCUUUCGGAAAAGUUGAGCCCGGCAAAGAGCCAGGAUAAUGGAAAGAAAUCUGCGCCUUCAUCGUCUCCAGCGAGUGAGGUCGCAAGCGGGGAUGUCCAGACACCAACCCAGAUCAAGCGAUUCUCCAACGCCAGCAGUCUCGCGCCCAGCAGUGCGUCAUAUAGCCAGAACCGCCACUCCUACCCUCGCCAGCCACGGCCACUGAAUACCAGCCAUGCUAGCCAUCGAAAUUCGCUUUCGCCAUCGCCCAUCACACCGCGUGGGUCCUAUCGACGGUCAUCAGCCGGGCUACGAGGACGCAAAUCCACUUCUUCCUCGGUAUCAUCGAUCCGCAGCAUCCAUCAUACGCGGGCCCACUCGAAGGCAUCUUCGAUUUCCUCCAACAGUGUGGAUACCAUAUCAACGCCAACUGCGCGAGCCUCUAGGUCGCCCCAUUCCUCGAUCAAAGUCCUACCAACAACACCGGGCUCUUCUGCCCGAUUCCCAAGCAAUAUUCGGUUAGUCAGAGGACCGAGCGGAAUACCCCGAGAAGUCGGCGACUAUGCAGGCCACAUGCCGUCGUCCUUUAACGAGGCGGCACCACCAUUACUAUACUCAACCUCGCCGAAUCUGGUGUUCGCGCGCCGAAAGCGACACUUAUUCAAGGGCCCAAUGAUCCACACAUCCAACCUGAUGGUAUCCGGUGGCGGAAUCGUCAGCUCUCCGGUUCCCGGCCAAUUAGCCAGCGGUUCCGACAUAGCCGCUGGGCGACCUGCCACACGCAAGAGCCAGAUCAUCGAGGAGGAAGAAGAUGACGACGGCAUCGACGAAGAAAUCGAGGAAGUCGACGAAUUCGACGAUCCUGGUACACCAGGUACACCCGGCGACCUUGUGAUUCCACACGACGGAGAAGAAACGCCGAAAGUCUCAAUGGAAGAGACAUCCGACUCAGGCACGACACCGUUCGCACCCAUCCCCAAUCUCGAAACCAGCCAUCUUCGACCUCCUCGCUCGUCUUCUCUGCGUUCGCCAGAUAAGGAAUGA